AUGCCGCUCGAAGCUACCAUGAUCAUUGUCGACAAUAGCGAAAGCAGCAGAAAUGGAGAUUAUACCUCGACACGAUGGCAAGCUCAGAUCGACGCCGUGAGCGUCAUUCACACCACUAAGAUGCGCGUGCACCCUCAGUCUGCUGUCGGUCUUAUGAGCAUGGGCGGAAAAGGUCCCGAGGUCCUUUCGACAUUUACUUCCGACUUUGGUGGUAUCCUGGCCGGUCUGCAUCGCACGAAGAUCCAUGGCACUGCCCACCUUAGCUCCAGCAUACAAGUGGCCGGUCUUGCCCUCAAACACCGCUCCGAGAAGUCCCAGAGACAGCGCAUCAUCGUGUUCUCCUGCUCUCCCAUCGAAGAAGACGAGAAGACAUUAGUGAAGCUGGCCAAGAAGAUGAAGAAGAACAACGUGUCCAUCGAUGUAAUUGCCUUUGGAGAUCUGGAAUCCGAUCAGACCAAGAAACUAGAGGCCUUCGUCGAGAACGUCAAGGGUGGUGACGGCUCUAACCUCGCCAUCAUUCCCCCGGGCCCCAACUUGCUGAGUGAGGAGCUUCAGGUUACUCCCAUUCUGGGCGGGGACAGCUCCGGUGCCGAUGGUGCAGGUCCUGAAGGCGGCGAUGGUGCCUUUGGGUUCGAGGAUGCGGCUGAGAACGACCCCGAACUGGCAUUCGCCCUCCGUCUAUCUUUGGAAGAGGAGAAGAACCGGCAAGAGAAGGAAAAGCGCGACCGGGAGGAGCAAGAGCGCAAAGCCAACCUGGACAACAUUCCCGAGGAGGGCUCCAGUGGGAGCAAAGACAAGAAAGAGGAUGGUGACAAGAUGGACACUGCUUAA